GAUCUUUUGGUUAAGAUAAACAUGUGUGAACGAGUAUUUUCGUUUAGAAGGGUUGAUUAGUCUCUAAAUUACUAUCUUUGUGAAAUUUGUUACAUUGUAUUUGCAGCUCUGUCUGGUGAUAUGAGCAAACUUCUCUUGGCAGCAAAGAAGAUAAGAAGAGCAACAUGUACAUAAUUUUGAUUUUGUUUAUGCUUUGAAUUUCAGAUGGCGAUUCGUUUCAAUUUGGGUUUCUCCGAUUAAGCUAACGGUUCUCCAAUUUGGAGGAACCAUUGGAGUUUAAGGAAAUGGCGACUCCAAUUGAGCUUCCAAACAGGAUAAGAGCGGAAGGGAAGCAUUAUUAUUCCAUGUGGCAUAUGCUAUUUGAGAUCGACACUAAAUAUGUGCCGUUUAAGCCGAUUGGUCGGGGAGCGUAUGGGAUUGUAUGUUCUUCUCUUCUUAGAUCUGGAACCAGAACCAGGAGGGCGACCUCUUCCUAUCUUUGAAUCCAAUGGCAAUGAUGAAGAAUUAUUGAGGAAUGACGAAUCGAAUGGUAUAUCCAAUUGUUCUAGAAGCCCUUUUGAAACUUCAUCAAAUUGAUGAUGCAGAAUUAAUUUUGUCACAUGCUCCGAAAUCGGAUCCACAAAUUAAUCAUUCACCUUUUGAAGCAAUAUAUUUUGGGAUGUUUGCUGAAGCUUAUUCCUUCUAUGUCAGAACACAGAUUCAGAUCGCAUUCGGAAGGUUUGAGAAUGCGGUUACAUCUGUAGAGAAGGCAAAUCAUAUUGAUCUCCAAAAUAUUGAAAUUGCUGGAAAAUGAUUUUAUAUUUUUUUCUUUUGCAUUUAAACGUGUGCAAACCAUGAUUUAAAUAUGUACAAGGCAUGUUUUUACCAGUUACUUUUAUGUCAUGUUUUUCUUAUGUACUCAACAUUUAUUGUUUAGGGUUGUUGAAUCUGAUGAAGUUUCUGUUUGGUUUUGCAGUUUUGUAACGAGUAUGUUGUUCCAAGGUAUAUAAUGGGUAUUGUUAAGAAAGUCACUGCUGGAAAAUGAUUUUAUAUUUUUUUCUUUUGCAUUUAAACGUGUGCAAAC